GAAGUAUGCAGUAUGGGAAGGAGCUGUGAGUGUUUCCUAGCACAUCGGAGACUAGUCUACGAAAGCAGCUCUAGCAAGGACUGAUCCUUUAAAGUGGAUUACUUCCAGAUCUUGGAAUAUAAUAAAUUAUGGUGGCUCAUGAUGACUUUGGAGGCCUUUUGCCUAUCAAGAGGACUAUUCAGGUUAUAACUGUUCAGAACCAAGCAUCUAAGGACUCAGAGGAACCAAGCACUAAGAGAGUCCGACCUCUAUCACGAGUCACAUCAUUGGCAAAUCUAAUAUCUCCUGUAAGAAAUGGCGCAGUCAGGCGUUUUGGCCAAACCAUCCAGUCAUUUACAAUGCGAGCCGAAAACAAGUCUCCAGGCAGUACACAGAAAGCUUGUAGCAAGGUGGCUGCACCUACCCCACCCAAAAGAAGGAACAGCGUUUUGUGGUCUGAAAUGCUAGGUAUCAAUAUGAAGGAAUCUCUGAGCACCAAAGAAAUUAAACGGCAAGAGGCAAUAUUUGAAAUGACAAAGGGAGAGCAAGACCUUAUUGAGGAUCUAAAGUUGGCAAGGAAGGCCUAUCACGACCCAAUGCUGAAGCUUUCUAUUAUGUCUGAGGAAGAACUAACACAAAUAUUUGGAGAUCUAGAUUCUUACAUUCCUCUUCAUGAAGAAUUGCUUGCUAAGCUUGGGGUAGCAACGAAGGCAGAUGGAAGAGUUGGACAGAUUGGUCCCAUUCUUAUUAACUGGUUACCUCGCCUAAAUGCAUACAAAGAAUACUGCAGCAACCAACUAGCUGCUAAAGCUCUUCUGGACAAAAAAAAAUUGGAUCGAAGAGUGCAGGACUUUCUUCAGCGCUGUCUCGAAUCUCCCUUCAGCCGUAAACUUGAUCUUUGGAGCUUUCUUGAUAUACCAAGAAGUCGCCUUGUCAAGUAUCCUCUUCUUCUGAAAGAAAUUCUCAGGCACACACCAAAAGACCAUCCUGACACAACGGCUCUGGAAGAAGCUCUAUGCUUAAUUCAAGGAGUACUUACAGACAUAAACUUGAAAAAAGGAGAAUCGGAAUGCCAGUAUUAUAUUGACAAAUUAGAGUACCUUGAUGAUAAGCAGAAGGAUCUACGGAUUGAAUCCAGUAAAGCACUGCUGUGUCAUGGGGAGCUGAAGAAUAAAAAUGGCCAUAAGCUGUUCCUGUUCCUUUUCCAAGAUGUCCUAGUUUUAACUCGUCCUGUUAUACGAAAUGAGCACCAGUAUUUUCAGGUUUACCGACAGCCUAUCCCUGUGCAGGAACUGGUCUUGGAGGAUCUUCAAGAUGGAGACGUGAGGAUGGGAGGGUCUUUUAGAGGUGCUUUCAGUAAUUCUGACAAAGCAAAAAAUAUCUUUAGAGUCCGUUUUAAAGAGUCUUGCGCUGGUCAGAGCCACACACUUCAAGCCAAUGAUGUCUUUCACAAGCAGCAGUGGCUCAACUGCAUUAAAACUGCUAUUUCUCCAUAUCAACAAGCGUCUCCCACAGAACAGAAGGAGCUGCCAGACCUUAGUGAAGAAUGUGAAGAAAAUCAUCCACCAGCCACAAAUGGCAAAGCUCCCAAAAGGUUGUCUAUAUCUGGCAUUAUGGAAAUGGACCUGGAGGAAAAUGCUUUCAGUCCACUCUUGGAUGUAACAGAAGACACCAAAAUCAGAGACAAAACACCGCAGAAAAAAGAGACUUUGGUGUAAUUUGCAAGAUAACUUUUGGAUGGACUUGUUAUUUAUAAAAAUGUAUAUUUUGCGUCAUGUGAUGUGAGCAUGCCUGGAUUAUUUUCAUAAUCCUUCUGUAUGUUCUGCCCCCUCCCUUUCAGUGGCAGCUACUGGUAUAAAGAUAACACUGUUGAAGCUAGAGUCUGUUUGUCUAUACUGUAUAGAAGUUUACAUUCUGAGGUUGGUUUCAAGCAUUACUGUAUAAAGAUUAUGGGUUCUUAACUGACUACAGUAUGUAGUAGCUUUGGUGUUCACUCCAAGCAUUUAGUGUUUUCUUACCUAUAUGAUCAUGAAAAUACAACCAAUAAUUUUAAGACAGCAAAUGAGUUGAUAACUUUAAAGGGCCAGUAAUGCAUCAUAUUUUUAUGAUUCCUGUAUGGAUUUGACAUGGUUCCAAGCUGCUGGUACAUUUCUUACCACUUUUCUCUUCAGCUGUUUACCUUGUGUGUUUUCUGUCUGCCCCCACCUCCUUGUCAGGGAAUGGGGGUGUUUCCUUGAGCAGUAGCCUGUCUGUCCGUCCAGAAGUAUCUGUCCAUCAGAAGUGGCCAGUAUCUUUAGCCCUGUACUGUGUGCCAACAAAAACUGAGGUAAAAUAUACUGGCUUUGUCCCUUUUUUUUACAUUUAUUGAAACAGACUCUACGCUUUUUAGCAGGUUUUCCACUUUACCUACUGGAAUUGUUUGUUUACUGUACAUUCCUAUUUAUAUUUGUGUAUGCUUACAAAGUAUUUAACUUUUUUUAAGUCGCAUAGAAUUUUUAAGUCCAAUGAUUGUAUUUUGAAGCUUUUGGAAUAUGGCCUUUUCUUUACCAAAACAAUGCAUUUUACCAAAUCAUAAAUAUUGCUCAACUGGUUCAGUAGGAAGGACGCAAUUAGAGAGAGAUGUGAAGGAUAUUAAAGCACGUUGAUACAUGUUUGUAGUUUAGAGAGUUUACGCUUUAUGGGCCAUGGAAAUGGCAAAUGUGGUUGAUAGAAGGCUUUUAGUACGUUGUAGAAGGUCAGGCGGCAGGUUGAAAAGUAGAAAUUUUUUUUUUUUCAGAGGAGCUAGAGAGUUGAAAAUGUGGAGGAAACAAACAGGAAUGUUUCAAAUACCAGAGUGUUGGGGUUUUUUUUUUUCUUCUUCUUCUUCAGAAACUAACAGUAGAAAACUAUAGCAAUAAUGGUAUGAUGUUUAAAAAUCAAAUGCUGAUAUCUAUAAUUGACUUUUUUCCAAUCAGUGUUUUAAUUAAAUCUGUUGUCCAUACCAUAUAAUGUAAUCUUUAUCUUGUAUCUUGCAUACGGUGUCAAGAAAAAUUCAUAUAUUUUGUACAUAAUGAAAUAAGGUUUUUUUUGUAAAUCUACCUGUACAGCUAAAAGUCUUCAAAUACAAUUUAAAAAAAAAAAACUA